CUUCUCUCUCCUCUCCCCUCUCUCUCUCUAAGCGUUCUCUCAUUUCUUGUUAUUACCUUGCUCGCGCUAUCGCCCCGCGCACACACAUUACGGUUAAAAAAUAAAGGAUUUAAAAUACACACUAAGAUUUGUAUUCUCUCCCCUGUUCCUCAAAAGCUUCCAAGGCCGACCCCGAUUUCUGGACAACACUCUGUUUACAUAUAAUGAAUGAAACAAGUCAUGGAAAUUUAAUUCAUUUGUGCGGAUAAUAAGCUGAUCAUAGUUGGCAAGUGUUGUUGACUUUUUUUUUGUUUCUGGAUAUUUCGUAUGGCGCAGUGUCUCCAGUUUAUUUGGCUCAACACUGGAAUACACAGUUGGAAACCUUUCAAGCGGAAUUUGUUCUUUUCGCAUCGUCUGAAUCCUUGUAUCUCGUACCAGACAAAGGAAACUCACUUCAGCUCUUUCCUACAGGGUCACGCCAUUUGACAUUUCUGUUCGCCCGCGGUGCUCGCUAGACUUGGUGAGGAUUGUUCGCAUCCUGGCUUGAAGACUGGCGGCCCACUUUUCAUCACCGGAUGUGAGAGACAAGUGUCCGUCUGCUUAAUCGUCACGCGCCAUUCGGGCCGUCACGCGCCAGUCGGGAACCUAUUUCAUUUUAUCAGCUGACACAUCGUUUCAUUCACAGCUGACCAACUUCUGCAUCGUCAGUGGACCAUUGUGUGUUUUUUUUUUAAAGUGAAAGAAAACAGUUAAAUUAAAAACACAAAAACAAAACGGAAGCUGAUACUCGGACUUUUGAGGUACCGCCCGAGUCUGGUCUGGGCGGAACUACCACAGGGGCAAUGACAUUGUUGGAACAGCGACAACACGAUUUAACAUGUGUUGUGGUUGGGGAUGACUCGGUGGGGAAGACUAGUAUGCUACUUGGAUAUGCCACUAACAGAUACCCCACGCAGCACGUGCCCUCGGUAUUCGACAACUAUGCAGGUUCAUUGAAACUAUGUGGCCGUGAGCUUCACAUGCAGAUAAUAGACACACAGGAAUAUGAAGAAAAUCCAGCAUUACGCCACAACCUUUACACACACACAGACAUAUUUGUUGUCUGUUUCUCGGUCAUACGACCAGAUUCCUUGCGCCAUGUGGAAGAUUUGUGGCUUCCAGAAAUACGAACCUUUGCCCCUACCACACCAUUCAUUCUAGUCGGAGCUCAAGCAGAUUUAAGGUCAUCAGAGGCUAUCACACAUAUGCUUCUGACAGCCGGUCAACGUGCAAUAUCCAGUGCUGAGGGAGCAGCUGUUGCUCGAAAAGUUGGAGCAGCCAGCUACAUAGAAACAUCCCCGGAAGUGGAGAAAAAUGUUCGAAAGCUCAUAAAUGGUGCAAUCGCUUCAGUUUUGAAGGACAAGUCAAACGAGUCAAGCUCCUGCUGUAUACUAUAAACAGAAAAUUGUGUUAUUUUGUUUUAUUAAUUUGAUGUGAAAUAACUAAACUGCUGUAUGUAGCUAAUGAGACAAGAUAUAAUAACAGGCUACUUACUUAAUGCCUCAUUCAUGUCCAAUAAUUAAAAAAUAUAUUUCAUGGACCUUAUGGUAUCUUUAAUAGAUUAUAAAUUUAACAAAAUUGUCAUAUAAAAAAAAAUUACAAAAAUUAUGGUCUAUUUUAUAAAAAUAAUUUAAUUUAAUAAUUUACAAUGAAUAACAUGCUGAGAUAGUUUCAUUUACAAACACAGGCAAAAUAAACUUUUUAUAGUUAACUACAUAAUUAUCUUCUCUUUAGAAGUAGUAUAUGGAAGUAAUAAAAUUAAGAUAUUUUUCUUUAGCAAUAAAAUGAAUGGUUUGCUUUUUUUCGUAAUCACAAUUUUGAUGCAAUAUUUACUAUAUUGCUUGUAGACAAUAUAAAGUAUAAAGACAAUAUUUUUUUAUUUUGACAUAAGUCAUAGUUAAGUACCACACAUUGUUUUUAAUUUAUUCAGAUACCCUUCCUUAUAUUUUAGUGUUCAUAAAAAAUUUAUGCAUUAAAUACAAUUUUAUCAAGCUAAACAUGUAGCUGUAUUAUUCUGAAUACAAACAACAAACAAAACUUAAAAAUGUAUUGUCACCACCUCAAAGUUGGUGCCAUAGAGUAGAAACCCUAAUUCUGUAUUGUGUAUGUUAAUUCCAUAUUGUGAAUCUUAUUCACAACCCAUGUUGCACUAAGGUGAACACUUUUGACCUUAGGUGAACCAGAGAGUUAAAGGCAGUCAGUCCACAUAGAGAGCUUGUAGCAAGCACUUGUAUUGAGUCACUUAAGAUAUAAGCAGUAGAGUUAGAUGUUUAAAGUAGUUGGUUAUAGAAUAAGUACUAAGUUGUGAUAUUCGUAUAUUACUGUUGGAUUAAUACUGACCAUUCCUGGGUCGAAUUGUAUGGUGUAUUCACUAUGUGGUGUUAUAUUAAACUUAUUGUGUAUGCUACACCCA